AUGAUGACUCGACAGAACAAUGGGACAGAAGCACUUCAACUUUUACAACCUCCCAAUGGUCUAAAAUCUUUGCAACUCCGAGAUUAUCCAGAUGUGUCUCUACCAAGAUGGUUUCAGCCACAAAAGUUAUCAAGCUUAAUUUCACUUGCAAAUAUUGGUAUUUUCACUUCCCUGAUGGAUCUAGCAAUUUCUGAUUGCCACAAGUUAUCAAGCCUUGAGCAUUUUCUACAUCCAGCUUCUAUACCAGCCAUCAAGAAAAUAGUAGUUAGAAAUUGCGAGAGGUUAAUAUCAGUACCAACUGAAAGAUUCGUGGAGUUCCAUUGCCUUGAAGAAUUGGAGGUGGUUUAUUGCCGAAAUAUCUGCUCCCGAAGUUUGGUGGCUCCUUCACUCAAGAGGCUUGUGCUGGGUUGUUCUGGGGAUUUAGCACACAAUAUUGAGUGUUGCUCCCUCACUAGCUUCUUCUUAUAUUAUUCCCGCCACACGUCCAUACACCUACAACAUCUUCCAGCCCUAAUGAGUUUGAGCAUUGCAAGGUGCGAGUCUCUUACAUCUGUGAGACCAGCGAUCUUCACUAACUUCUCCCAUUGUGGGUGCAAUGCCAGCGGCAUUACAUCGUUCUUGUUCCUUACGGUGCUAACCAUUAGCGGCUGCACUAAACUGUCAACCCUUGAUGGUCUCCUAACACAAGAAUGCCUGCCUGUCGUUGAGAGGAUUUAUAUUGCACACUGCGACGAGUUGCUCUCGCUACCCGGAGAAAGGUUCGGAAGUUUUCUUUGUCUCAAGGACCUGGAGAUUUAUGAUUGCCAACGUCUGGACUGGCAGAGGGGACUGGUGCUGCCGUCGACGCUCCAGAGGCUCGUACUGGGCCAAUGUGGGGAUAUAUCUGCAUGGGUUCCCAGCUGCCUGCAAAACCUCGCGUCACUUGUUUCGCUGGAGAUGUCUGAGUGCCCGGGCAUAACAUCCAUUCCAGGUGACAUUUGGAGGACGAACCUUGCAUCUCUAGAGGAGUUAUAUAUCACCGAUUGUCCAGACCUGGUCUCAAUUGGGGGAUUGGAGGCCGUUGCGCAGCUAGGCACGCUGCACAUCUCUGGCUGCCCAAAGAUGAUAGAGAUGUAGCAGCCUGUGAAGAGAGGCGGAGACUAGCUAAGAUCCCAUCACUUUUCAAGUCUAUGGAUUUUUGUUGUUGUUGCACUGAGAUCGCUGUAUCUGUGUGGAUCACUUGCCAAACUACUCCAGCUCUCUGGCCAGCUGAGCUCAUGCCUAUUCCUAAUUCACUUCAAAUCGACACCAGCUCUGCAUGCAGAAGCACAAGCAACAUUUGUUAACGGAGACUUGCCAUAUUUUAUAGUGUAGAUUCACUCAUUUUGCUCCGUAUGUAGUCACUUGUUGUAAGAGUAGAGCAUUUUGGAGACCGAGCUCCAUGGAGCCCUUUAUUUUGAAAAAUUCAAAAUUCAUAAAUUUAGGUUUAAAAAAAUUCUGAAAAAAAUUACACAUGUAUGCAAGGAUGUAAAGUGUAUGUGUGAAAAAUUUCAGGAUGAAAUACCUAAUAUUGCGAGCUGCACAAAAAAAAAUCAUGGACUUUAAAGAUGAACAGUACAUAUGCUAAAAAGGCCCAGAUUUGUCUUUUUUGUGUAGCUCACGUUUUAUUGUAUUUCGACCUAAAAAGCCCCAAAUUUUUAGCAUGAUUUUUAAAAAAAAAAUUACCCA